AUGGGCUAUGGGGGAUGCCAGAUCAAGGCUUGUCCCACAAACAAUGCCUAUAAUGAAGAAUAUAAGGAAAGCAGAAGAGAGAUGCAAGUGCAACCUGGCAUUGACAGGAAGGCAGGCGUCAAGGAGAGGAAACCAAAUGGAAAGAUCCUUGGACCAAACCUUUCCUCACAAGAGAAAGUAGGAGGAGAGGACAGAAAAGGCAACUCCAAGCAAGCUGAAGAGGGUAAGCAGUCCAGGAGCAAAGUCAGGGCAGAAGCAAAGCCAACCAUUCCCAGGAUGAAGCGGAAGAAAAACCAACCUGAGCUAAGCCAAGAGAACUUUGAAAAACCUAGAAGCACGCUAGGCAUGUACAUGCUGGAGCCUGUGCAGGUUUUUCAUGCACUGGGGAAGAAGACUGAUAAGGAAACUGGAUUCUCUUCUUCCCAGGCCUUGGGAAAUUCAAGGAACCCCAAAGACCCCCAGCCACCACCGGCCACCAAACCAUGGCUGAAUACUCCAUAUGAGGGUAAAGGCCUUGGGAAAACUCAUGCCAGAGCCCAGAAACCAGAUGGCAGUGUCAAAAAAGAGUGUUCAUCUCCAUCCCAGGAUGAAUGGUCACCUCCUGGGAAGGUCAACUUGGUGCCCCUGCCUUUUCUGACUGAGGACAAGCCUCAAGCUCAUCGAGUUCCUUGGAGGCCACAGUCUCUGGCCUCACACCGGCCAGAUUUGGCUUCUUCUACCCGGCCUGGAUCUACUGAUGCAGCUCAACCUACUGCAAUUGGUUCAUCCCGGCAAGCACGUGCAUCUUUGACAGGUCCUGCCUGCUCAUCUCUGGGUCCAGUCCUGACCAACUCAACCCAACCACACUUGACCAACUCUACCCAGCCUAGGGUCACCCAGUCUGCUGCUUCUAGACCUGUACCCUACAGAAUAUCAUCUUGUACUUCUCUCCAGCAGGAGCCCAUUCCCACUGCGGUGCCCCAGUACGAGCCUCCACCCAAGCCUCAAACCCAGCUUCCACCCCAAAAAUUCUGCUUCCAACCCUGUCCAUGGAGGAAACCUGAUAUUUAUGGACCAGUAAUGUCAAAGCCCAUCACAGAAGAGCAGAGGUCAGAGUGGGAGGCUAUGAAGAGGCGGGUUCAACAAGAGUGUGAGAAUGCUGCCAAAUACACCUUUGCGGGGAAAGUACAGUUUUUCAUCGAGAGGGAAAAGGAAAUGGAAAUUGCUGACUACUAUGGCUAUGUAAUGUAA